UUGAGAGAACAGUCGUCUGGAAAAAGUGUAUCACUAGAGCGGCUAGAAAUCCAAUGUGUGAGUGCCACACUGAUUAUCAUGUAAUUGUCCAGUGGCGACUAUUUACUCAGUCUUACACAAGUACCAGUGCAUGUCGCAUUAUUAUCUUAUAUCGUUUAUACAAUUGUACGUGCGCAUCUUUUCCUGGGACCACAUUGUCACCACCGUCCGCUACCGUUCAUCAAAUUUUAGCCGAUUGAUUGAGACUACAUUUAUUUCUUGGGCUUGUUCAUUAUUAGACGAUAAGAUGUCCGGCCAAGCAACAAAGCUGGACUGGUUGCGGCCGCCUGGACCGCUCAAUAUCUGGAAGGUUAUCGAUGGCUAUGAGAUGCUCUACGACGGUACCUGUAGUCCUAUAAAAAUAUCCUUGCAAGAAAUCCCUCCGGAUAGACACGACGAGGUCAUCGAACAUAUGUGCACCUACUUCAUGAACGAGGAUCCAGCUUGUAAAAGUUUAAAAACAAAAGAUGACCCACAACGAAAGUCAGACAUGAUAGCACUAUGGAGGCACUGCUUGAAUCAAGGCUUAGUGGUUGGUGCAUUUACCAUCGAUUAUUUCGGAAGGCUAUCAAGAUUAGCUGCCGUUAACAUGCUACUAGUCUUAACGGAUUAUUCGGAGCUCAAUUUGGUGGACAUCGUGCAAAAAUUUUCAUCGCCCCUAGCAAUACGAUUGUUUAAAAUGUAUUACGAGAUAUCCCUCAAAGCAGAUGUUUGCAAAAUCUAUGGAGUUGAUAAGUUCAUUUACUCGGUUGGCUUGAGUGUCGCGCCUCCUUAUCGCGGACAGAAACUUUCGCAGCGCCUGUUAGAAGUGAGGACGGAUAUUGGAAGGUAUUACGGCAUAAAAGCUACAGCAUCGACUUUCACGACGUCAGUGUCACAAGCUCUGGCCGAGCAGGCAGGAUUUAAAGUGGCGCACAUUCAGUAUUAUGCAAAUUUAGUGCACAAAGAUGGAUCUCCCGUUUACCCAAACAUAGAAACACCAGAUAUGAGGCUCAUGAUCAAAAAAUUGGAAUAAAAGUUGACCAACUGCUUGUUAAUCUUACAUUUUAAAUAAAAACAAAUGAACCUUUAUGUAUUCCAUAUGCAAAGCUUCGUAGAGAUGUUACUGUUAUUUUGAACAUAUUAACUUUAAGAAUGCCAAUCAAUGCAAUGCUAAUGAUCAAAAUCAAAAUGACACUCCACGUCCUUGAUGAAUUUUUGAAUCAUUACUACUUUAUAUAAUUUUAAUAAUUCUAUGUUUCUAAUUUUUACAUUUGUAAUAAACUAAAACUAUAAAAUUAAAUUUGUGG